UUCUAGCCAGGCUAUUAUCGCAUGUCGCGUACGACAUGCCUUCCGGCAUUGAGGUAUAAUUGCGCCAUGCGUUAAUUACCCCGACAUCCCUUAAUUCCCAAAGAAACAGUCGAAUAAACAGAUCAAUAUUAUUCGUAGAAGACAAGGCACGUGCUGUCUCGCUCUACCUGUCAAUCGGUGUCAGCGACUGUAUGCGCUCAACCAAUGGCAACGUCCGAUUUUUUAACGCGUGUAGCGUGGAGCUCUUUAGCCCCGCCCAUUGCUUUUGCGUCGGUCACCGUCUUUGAUGUUGAUUGAAGUACUUCAUGACACGUGAAACAUAUAAAUGACCUUAAAAGUUUUUCACAGGUUAAAAAAUCUGUAACAUUGAAGCGACAAAGAAAACAAUUAUCGCUACCCAGGAAUGACAAAUUAGUGACCAAUUAAUAAAGAUUAUUGACAGUAUUGUAUACGACUAAAUGUAAUUAUCACCGAUUUGUUUUAGCACGCUUAAUAAAUGUUUUCGCGAAUGGAUAUUUCAAAAGCAAUGACGGCAAUAAAAAUGUACAUAAGAAAUAAUUUUCACCAUUUCAAGUAUAAACUUUAAUGUGUUUCUGGUAACGUCACCUAAAUAUUAAAUAAAUGAAUCAAUCAUGAGUAAGAGGAAGUCGGAUAAUAAUGGCUCAUUACUGAGUUUUUUUAAGAGAGUAAGGAAAGAAAAUUCCGAAGAAACGAUUGUAUCUGAAUCCUUAUCUUGUGAAAGUCGUGAAGACACAGUCACAGUAACUGACAAACCCUCGUCAAAACAUCAAAGAAAAUCAGGCAUUGACCCAAAAUGGAAAGAAUCAUUUCCAUGGAUGAUCGUAACAGAAGACGGUCAAGGUUUGUUAUGUUCAAUCUGUAAGAAACAUCAAAGAAGACCUAAAAAGUGUAUACCUGGGCGAGCAGUAUGGAUUGAUAUUCCCUGUUCUUCCAUAAGAAAGGCAUCUCUCAGUCUGCAUAAGGAAUCAGAUUCACAUAAAGAGGCUUUGUUGUUUGAUGCUGCUGAAGCUGUAACAGGUGGCGGUAUUGAGGCCGGUUUUGUGAGGGAAGAAGAUGUGAAUCGGAGUGCCCUUAAAGCCUCCAUGACAUUAUUAUAUUUUCUAUGUAAGGAGGAAAUUCCCCAUACCACCAAACACCAGCCAUUAAUUGAUGUUGCUAAGUCUUUAGGAGUGGAUGCCCUGAACAGUUUGGAGAAAGGUAACAAUGCGAAGUACAAUUCAGAUGAGCACAAGCAGGAGUUAGUUAAAUUAUUUGGGGAGACAAUAUGGGAGUCAAUAAGACUAGAAAUUCAAAAUUCUGUGUACUUCAGCAUCAUGAUAGAUGAAUCAACAGAUGUAAGUGUAACAUGUCAACUAAUUCUCUAUGUAAGAUACAUCAAGGAUGGGAAAAGUAAAACUGUGUUUGCAGAGACAAUCAGUAUUCCAAAUGGAAAAGCUGACACAAUCAAGGAUGCUAUUCUCACCUUCCUACAUAAAAACCAAUUCCCCCUUCACAAACUUUGUGCAUUUGGGAGUGAUGGUGCUGCAGUCAUGGUUGGCAGAAAAAAUGGAGUCAGCACCCAACUUACAAAUUUAGUCCCACAUCUUAUUUCCAACCACUGUGUAGCCCAUCGCUUGGCCCUAGCUGCUGCACAGGCUGCUUCUGGUAUAAGGUAUCUGGACAAAUUUAAGAAGAUAAUUGAGCAGCUGUUCAGAUUUUACAACUACAGUGCUGUACGAACAGCAUCUCUAAAGGAAAUCCAGAUGGUCUUAAAUGAGCCAGCAGUGAAGAUCACCGAGGCCAAAGAUGUCAGAUGGUUGUCACAUGACAAAGCAGUGCGUGCUGUCAGACGGUGUCUUCCAGCUCUUGUCACUAGUCUAGAGUAUGAAGCAACUAAAGGGGAUGCUCAAGCCCAGGGACUGUCAUGUUUCAUUCAAAACUAUGACUUUGUAGCCUCCUUACACCUGAUGUCUGAUGUUUUGCCAGUCCUCUCAGCUUUAUCACGUGCUUUCCAGACCAGAGAUGGAGCAUACACUAUGGUCGGUAGUCUUGUUUCUGGAACCAUUUCAACAGUAAAGGCUUUGAAAGAGAACCCCGGAGAACACUUCCAAACCCUUCCCAAGGUCAUGUCUGACCUUGCAGAACAGCCCUUCAAAUUCCAUAGCCCCACAGUGAAGUAGACUGAACAUUUCAUGCAACAUGUAUACAAUCCCUUUUGUGAAGCUGUGGUAGACAACCUGGAGAAAAGAUUUCCAAAUAUCUCUGAGUUGGAAGCAUUCACAGUCUUUAGCCCUUCCCUAUGGCCAGAAGACAGAGAGGAGUUUGAUCUGUAUGGCACAGAUGAAGUCAAGAUGCUUGCUGAACGUUUCAAGUCAUCCCUUUCCCCUGCUGAUGCACUGACAGAAUUUAAGGUCCUGAAGCAUACAGUUAACAGUGAUCAACAGCUUCAACAUGCCCCAGCCAACACUAUUAUGGAAAAGUUAGCUGGAUCCUUGUCUGAAACAUUCCCUAACCUGGCCAAGAUAGCUUCUGUUGGACUUCUCAUCCCAGCUUCCACUGCUGAUUGUGAAAGAGGUUUCUCUUCCUUAAAGAGAAUUAAAACUGACCAGAGAAACAGACUGAAAUCAGAGACAUUAAAUGCACUUAUGAUGAUCAGUGUGGAGGGACCCAAUGUUAUGAAAUUCCCCUUUGAAAAAGCAAUUGACUCAUGGGCCAAAACUAAAUGUAGAAGACUGAAAGUCUAAGCAGAGGAAUUGAAAAAAAAACAACAACAACAAAACAA